UUUAUAAUUUAGUGAUGCAUAGCCUGUGCAGUUGUCCACCACUAUAAAUGAACAAUCAGAUCGAAUAUUCCCGUUACUUUUAGUAUUCGGUGCUCAUCGUAAACAUCGUUCUCGGGCUUUUGAAGAAACAAUAAAAUUGAUUGAAACAUGUGUGACGACGAUCCAGCAGCUCUUGUUGUCGACAAUGGAUCGGGAAUGUGCAAAGCGGGUUUUGCUGGAGAUGAUGCACCGCGUGCUGUUUUCCCAUCGAUUGUCGGCCGUCCAAGGCAUCAAGGCGUGAUGGUUGGCAUGGGUCAAAAAGAUUCAUAUGUCGGUGAUGAAGCGCAGAGCAAACGAGGUAUUCUCACACUGAAGUAUCCGAUCGAACAUGGGAUCAUCACCAACUGGGAUGAUAUGGAAAAAGUGUGGCAUCACACAUUCUAUAAUGAAUUGCGUGUUGCACCCGAAGAACAUCCGAUUUUAUUGACCGAGGCACCAUUGAAUCCAAAGGCCAAUCGGGAAAAAAUGACACAAAUCAUGUUUGAAACCUUCAACUCGCCAGCUAUGUAUGUGGCCAUUCAAGCGGUUUUAUCACUCUACGCUUCUGGUCGCACAACUGGCAUCGUUUUAGAUUCCGGAGAUGGUGUUUCGCACACUGUGCCUAUUUAUGAAGGCUAUGCUUUACCACAUGCAAUUUUACGUUUGGAUUUGGCUGGUCGCGAUUUAACUGAUUAUUUGAUGAAAAUCCUCACCGAACGAGGAUAUUCGUUCACAACGACAGCUGAACGAGAAAUUGUCCGAGAUAUCAAAGAAAAGCUGUGCUAUGUGGCUUUGGACUUUGAACAGGAAAUGGCAACUGCAUCGGCUUCUACAUCAUUGGAAAAAUCGUACGAGUUGCCAGACGGUCAAGUUAUCACCAUUGGCAAUGAACGUUUCCGUUGCCCUGAAUCAUUGUUCCAGCCAUCAUUCUUGGGUAUGGAAUCAUGCGGCAUUCAUGAGACUGUUUAUAAUUCAAUCAUGAAAUGCGACGUCGAUAUCCGAAAGGAUUUGUAUGCCAACACCGUGCUCUCAGGUGGCACCACCAUGUAUCCAGGUAUUGCGGAUCGUAUGCAGAAGGAAAUCACUGCAUUGGCUCCGUCGACAAUUAAAAUCAAGAUUAUUGCACCGCCUGAACGUAAAUACUCCGUCUGGAUUGGCGGCUCAAUUUUGUCAUCGUUAACUACGUUCCAACAAAUGUGGAUCUCAAAAUCGGAGUAUGACGAAUCUGGCCCAUCAAUUGUUCACCGCAAAUGUUUCUAAACGAACAAAAGUGCACACUGCACAUGAUAUGUUGUUAUGUAAACGAUUUGUUUGAGUAAACAACGAUUUUCAUCCAUAAA